AGCUCCAAGCUCUCGAUAAGGCACUCCCAACCAACCUAUCACCAACUUCACAGCCCCGUUUCGGCGCUCCUCUCCAGACUGACACAGUCAACCAUCACCCAUCCAACAACCUCACAACCACAGCCUCGACAUGUCUCUCGACCCGCCAACCUACCUCUCCUCGCUGCGGAACAACAUCCGUGCCCGCCCAAUCCCAUGGGAUGGCGCAGUGCGCGCGGGUACUAUUACAGAGGAGCAAUUGACCCGCAUCCGCGCCGUGGACAAGGUCAGGAAGGAGCAGAGGAAGCGGACGGUGGAGGAUGGGCUUGAUGCGUAUAGGACACUGUUUUUAGGCGGUGACGAGGGAGGUGCGAGGAGUAUUCUCGAGGCAGCGGCGAGAAGGGCGGAUGUGGUGCAGUAUGUCUUAGUGCUUUUGGGCGAUCUGCUCGAGGGCAGCCCAGCUUUGGUAGAUGGACUUCUGGAGCAUGAGAAUACCUAUGCGCCAUUCUUGCCGCUUUUGGCACAGGCCUCGAGCCCGGAAGAAGCUAUCCCGCUCUUAACUUCGACAGCACUCACGACCCUCCUAGCCAGGGAAUCGACUACGAACCCCAAGGGCAGGUCGGCGAGCGACCAGGCCCUACCUAUCUUAUACAAAUACCUAAGCACUCUCGCUAAGAGCUCGGAUAGCGGACUCCAGGACAUCGCGGUGAUGGGGUACUCGGCGCUCCUCAGGAGCAGGCGGUCGAGGGAGCUGUUUUGGGAGCACAGAGAUGUGACUAUUGUGCCGCUCAUUUCGAUCCUGAGGACUGCGGCGGGGGUGUCGGCGAGUGGAGAGAGUGCGGCGUCGUUGUGGAGCACCAGUGCGACUUCGAGGACUGGGGCGGAGGGCUUUAUAAAUGGUGGGAUUGAUUUGCAGUUGCUUUAUCAUGUGCUGCUGGUCAUGUGGCAACUGAGCUUUGAGGGUGCUGCUAUUGGAGAUGGGCUUGAGGACGAGUACGAUGUUAUCCCUCUUUUCACACAGCUACUACGGCUAUCGCCUAAGGAGAAAACGACACGUUUGUUAGUUUCUACACUUUACAACCUGAUCUCAGGGAACCCAAAGUCCCUCCUUCCUGCGGCAGCGCUUGUACGACUACCUGCACUUCUUCAAAACGUAAACGGACGCCAUCUUACCGAUCCGGAUCUGAUUGAGGACCUGACAGCCCUAUCUGAGCUGCUCGAAGAGCACACCAAGACGCAAACGACCUUUGACCAGUACGCGGCAGAGGUGGAUUCCGGCCACUUGCGCUGGUCGCCACCGCACAGGAACACGGUCUUCUGGGCCGAAAACGCACGCAGGAUCCUCGAGCAUGACAACGGACACCUGCCAAAGAAGCUGGCUGAGAUUAUUGCCAAGCCUUGGGAUAAUGACAAGCAGGUUCUUGCUAUUGUGUGUAACGAUGUUGGGUGUUUGGUCAAGGAGGUGCCCGAGAAGAGGCAACAGCUGGAGAGGCUGGGGUUGAAGACCAGGAUUAUGGAGCUGAUGGCUGAGCCGGAUGAGAGCGUGAGAUGGGAGAGUUUGAGGGCUGUGGGGGAGUGGCUGAGAUAUAGCUUCGAGACGAAGUAGAGUGUCGUAUUUGAAGAUAGUUGGGGAAUAUGUGGCGAGCAGUUGGUGCUAGAGACCUUGUACUAUCAUCGCUUCGUGGUUUUGGUGGGGGUUUGCAUAGAGGCGAUACAGAGCCAUGGGGAAGCUUUCCGAUUUUCUUACAGAUUCCACGCGGUAUAGCAUUCAUAUUAUACACUUGAUAGGAAUUGAACGCAAAUGGGAUUUGUGCUAUCUGCCGUCU